CUAUUCUUCUGCUGUUGAAGAGUUCCCAUGAGUGCCCCGGCCAGGAGCUACAGUUUGGUCCGAGCAGGCUGAGCCAGCGCCAGUCUCGCCUACAUGACGCCGCAGCCACACUCUCUCACACAGCUGAUCUCUGGCGCUACCGCAACUCUUCAGGCCUCGAAAGCAAGAAGCUGGACACUGCCGUGCGGGAGGGGGCAAAUGCGAGAAGAAUGAAAACAUGAAGGAAGGAAUGACUGAACUGAAGUUUAAAGAAAAUCAAGAGGAAGACGAAGCUGUGGAUAAAAUGAUGGCUGACUGACGUGCACACAGGAAUAUGCACUGAUGACUGAAGUUGUGUUGCGAACAAACCUUGAAUGGAUAGGAGUGCAGCUGGAGGUCAGUUCGCAGAGUGCUGCUACUAAGAAAUUGAAUCUCGUCUCAUUUGAGGAAAGCAGAUGCAGAGUGGCAGCCAGUUCGGCUGAAAAUUGUCUCCAGGGACCAAUUUUGUUACACUCAACAGAUUCCUGUUUUCCUGCAGGACGAGAAACAAUAUCCCUAUCUUUAACCGCCUUUUGCUCCACUACACUGCAAGACAAAGGCCACUCCAGCCACUCUUUUGGGCCGCUGCCACUGUCGAGAUGAUCCAUAACACCCUGAAGUCGGCCCAACCGCUGGAGCGCAGCCCCAGGAGCACGAACUCUGCCGCACAGAGGAGGCUGUGGAGAUACUCGGCCUGCAGGCGAUCUGGCCAGGUGGAAAGUCAGCGUCACAGUGUGUGUGUGCUCGCUGCGGACUUGAAUGCUGGAGAAGGUGGAGGAGGGAGAGGAGGAGGUGGUGGAGGUGUCGUGCACACUAUCCAUGGGCUGUGCCACCUGUGCAUCGGAUGUAGGCUGCCACAGGUGACCAUCCUUCGAGGAAAGGAUGGAUAUGGCUUCACCAUCUGCUCAGAUUCCCCUGUGAGGGUACAGGCUGUUGAUCCAGGGGGUCCAGCAGAUCAGGCAGGUCUGCAACAGUUGGACACGCUCCUGCAGCUAAAUGGUCAGCCAGUGGAGCAAUGGAAAUGUGUGGACUUAGCCCAUGCUAUCAGAAACAGCGCCAAUGAAAUCAAGGUGGUGGUGUGGCGCACCGGUCCCUCAGCUAAGCCUAGUUUUGAGGGACUCAUCCAUCGACCCUCCUACAAGCCUUCCACCUCAAACUAUGAUACGCCCUCACCACCUACCCGCAGGCGUGCACCAGAUGUCAGCACCAGCAAAACCCCCCCAGCCGUGCCGCCUCUACCAGCUCACCACCGUGCCACUGCCAGCCGCCGGCUGCUGGUCAACGGCACCGAGGCUGGAAAUAACAGCGGCUUAGGCAUGGGGACCCUCGCGUGGGGGGCCCAGGGGGGAUCAGCGGAGGAGCUGGACGGGAAACCGCGACACCUCCACCAUCCGCACACUGCCACACUGAAGGGCACCAGGGUGAAGGCGUCCAACGGGGACAACUACAUCAUCCUGGCGCCCAUCAACCCCGGAAGCCAGAUCUUAAGGCCUGUUUACCAAGACAACCAGGGGACAUUAGCUGCCAGGUUAUACCCACGACAGGCCGCCGGUCCACAACCCCAGGGGGUCGGUCGCGGUGCUUUUUCUGGAGGUGGGAGUGGAGGUAUUGGAGGAGGAGCUGGCGGGGCUUUCUCGAACCGCACUGGCUUCCUGAGACGCUCCAACAAUUCCAAGACAUCAAAGACGUCAUCCACCUCCACUGACGCCGGCGGGUCCAGCUACCAGCAGCAGAACGCUAACUUUGCAAAUUACCAGAACUGCACUAUCGUCCGCUCACAUACUCCACACGGCAACUAUGGAUAUGUGAAAGUGGCUCCCAAGAUCCUUAUCUUCCCCAUCUUUGUUCAGCCUCUUGACCUGUGCAGCCGAACGCUCAUCAUAUCUGAGGAGAUGAUACUACAUGAGAGCAAGCACCACUCUCUCAAGGUUACAGUGUUUGUCUACAACGACCUGAUGCUGGUGACAAGAGAAGAUGAACCAGGCAGGUGUAACGUCCUUCAGAGUCCCCUGUACCUCAGACAGCUCCGGCUCCAGGACGAUUACGCUGAAGAGCUGAGAUUCUACCUUAUUCACAUGACCGAGAAGUGUGACUGCCUGCUGAGCCUGGAAGCCUAUUCAGUGGACCAAAAGCACCGUGUGUGUCAGUGCCUGAAGGACACCAUUGACAAGCAGCUGCAGCUUCACCGGAGGGAGCCUACCGUUCCGCAUCAUUUUGAACAGAUGUUGGAGCCUAAGGUGGAUUCCCCUUCAUGUGAGCUGGGUGGAGUAGGAGGAGAUUUAGGCGGUGUGUGCCUCCACCUGCCCACCCGCAGCUCAGAAGGUGAUGAGAGCAGUUUAUAUCCCUCAAGCCCCUCUGAGCCCCGAACCCUGGGCAGUCCUCACCCCUCAGAGCCACUCACCCCUCUGGAUGAGGUCUACAUGCCCCUCGGUUGUCUGCUGGGAUCCGAGGAACGACAUAAGGUGCCUCCCACACCACCUCCUUCUUCCACCGAGGGCGAGGAUUGCAAGAGUAUAGAGGGGAAUGAGAUGGAGAUCUGGAGACAGAUGAGGAAUGGGGGGAACAUGAAAGAGGAGGAGGAGGAGGAAGAUGGGGCCAGCAGAAAGAGUAUUGUAAGUGAGGGGGAAGAGAAGGAAGAAGGAGGAGAAGAGGAAGGAGAGAUGAACGAAGAGGAGGGCAACCUCAACCUGGUGGUGUCCAACACGGAUGAGGACAACGCCUCUGAGCCGCCCGACACCAACGCGCCUCCCUCCUCCUCCUCCUCUUCAUUUGUCAUCCCUGAGCUGCGUCUUGACCGCUCCUUCAGUGCCGACGCCCUCUCCUCACCCAACACCGAUGAAGAAGAGUACGACGAAGAUGAGGACGAGGAGUCCGACGACGAGGACGAGGAGGACGACAGCGACGACGCCUACCUGCAGCGGAGUGACAGCAAGCGCCGCAGCAUGGUGGAAGGUGCCACCUGUGAGAAACAUGGAGGAGGGGGGCUCAGUGUGCAGAAUUCCCUCCGCAGGCGCACCCACAGUGAGGGGAGCCUCCUGCAGGACCCCCGCUCAGCUUGCUUCACCUCCGACAACGCCAUCAACUGCCUGGAGGUCGGGGGAGCGCACCACAAGGGCGGCUGGACACUGCCAUCACCCAAAACCCUGAAGAAAGAGCUGACCAAGAACGGAGGCUCGAUGCAUCAGCUGUGCAUGCUGUUCUCUGGGAGGAAGCUGAGCUCCGGAUCCCCCUGUAGCUGCGAGGUCGGCACCAAAGGUUCAAAGAAGAAGAGAUCCAAGAACCUGGCCAAAGACAUGAAGAAUCGACUUGCUUUCCUGCGGAGGAGGAAUGAAUCCCCAGGAAGUAACCCAGCCAGCAAGCUAGACAAGACUAUGAAGUCAGUCAAGCCCACCCCGGAGGAAGCACUGAAAUGGGGGGACUCACUUGACAAGCUGCUGGGACACAAAUAUGGCCUGGCAGCGUUCAGAGCUUUCCUGCGCACGGAGUUCAGCGAGGAGAAUCUGGAAUUCUGGCUUGCAUGUGAGGAAUACAAGAAGAUCAAGUCCCAGUCCAAGAUGGCCUCAAAAGCCAAGAAGGUCUUUGCAGAAUACAUCGCUAUCCAGUCUUGUAAAGAGGUGAAUCUGGAUUCGUACACCAGAGAUCACACUAAGGACAACCUGCAGAAUGUGACGCGCUCCUGCUUUGACCUCGCGCAGAGGCGGAUAUACGGGCUGAUGGAGAAGGACUCAUAUCCCCGCUUCCUCCGCUCAGAACUCUACUCGGACUUAAUCAACCAAAAAAAGCCCAGCUCCACUUCGACUUCAUCUUCCUCAUAAGAGACCGGCGGGGCGGGGGGGGGCGGAAAAGAUGAGAGAGAGCGGUGGUGAAGACGAUGAGAGAGAAACGGGGCAGACUUGAAAAACACACAGUGGGUGGGUGGGUGGGAUGAUGAGGUUCUUUGUUUGCCUUUUUUCUUUUUUUGCGUGUCAUCCUGUCCACUUUUAUUUUAUUUCAAUUUUUUUGCGGUGUGACAUGACGCAGCAAAGCUAUGGCACUGCAAAGGAAUGUAGUUUACACAGUUACCAGGUGGAUGAAUGAAUGGAUGGACUGAUGAAUGGAUGUUGACGUAAAGAAAAAGAUACAGAAUCCCACUGUUGCUUUUUUUGUCUCCUGUAUGUCAAGAAAUGACAUUUGUUUGCGUUUUUUUUGUCAAGUUGUACUGGAGAAAAGGAGGGGUAACUCCAAAAAAAACAACCCUGCAGACAUAAAGACAGUCGGGUACUGUUAUGUCACUCUCUUUCCGAUGUUUCCUCCUCUCCUCCACCAUGUCCCUUGUGAAGCCACUUCUAAAGCUGUCGGUACGACACAAAGUCCCUUUUCCUCAUGUUUUUUUUCCUUUCAUCCGCCUCCAAAAUAUGUGAUGGAGGGAGAAAAAAACUAACAAAAACAAGGUGAUUUCUGAAUGAAAACUAACAUUGUUUCACAGCCAUCUCUGUUAAAAACAUCUACAAAACCGCUCUCGACUUAUAUUCAGUUCCUCCUAAGACUGUGGAAAGAUACUGUGACGGCCGGCGACAAAGGCGGAGACAGCAACGGGCAAAGAACGCGACUGUCUAAAUAACGGAUGGACCGGAGCUGCGAGGAAACGCAGAUGUGUGUCCGUCUCACAUUGAAAAAGACAUGCAAAGAUCACAUUCAGAGCCAGAGAUGGAAAGAAGAAAAACGACGACUUGCUUCCUGUCUCCAAAGACUGUUUUACCACAAGGAACGGAAAAAGAACCCCAAGAAGAAAAAGGAACAAUGUGCGGUGCAGCCAAACAAGAUUUCCUUUCGCACCGUAGCUCAUUGUGGACUAAUCGAGGAAGCGCUCUCAGGACAUUGCUACGACAGGUUCCGGCUUGGUUUCUCCUCUCAGCUGUUUUUCUACACACACACUCGCCGUUUUCGUUUCCACGUUUAAGGUUUCCGACGUGCACUCCCUAGUUCCACUGAGCAAUACACGAGAGGCUGCUUGUGUCAUAGUCUGAGGAAGAAAAGAAAAAAACUGCUUCAUGUUGUACAAAGGUUUGCCUAUUUAUUUAGAUUAACUCGCUGGAUGCUACAGACACCCUCACCUCCUCCAAAGCACUCAGCUCAAAGCUCUCACUUUUCCUCUUUAACCACCAAACAGGUCCAAUGCUGCCCUGAACGUUAAGUGCAAUAUUGUUUAUUUUUUAUUUUGUAUUUUAUUAUUAUUUUGGGUUUGUUCAUUUAUUUGGAUACUUUUGACUUUUUAUGGGGAAGACGAACAGCUUGAGCUCGGUAUUAACUUUAUUUGUUAAGGAAAAAAAAACUAAAACAAAUUUAGAGCUUACUGUAUAAGGUUGACUUACAACGUAAACUUUCAAGAACCAUAAGUAGUUUAAUGAAUUUUAAGCAAGUGAUUCUAAUUGUGUGUUAACAACCCGGCAGCAGGCAGCCGGGGACGUUGUGGUUGUAAAUAUAAUUCUUUAAGAAAACUAUGUGAUAACACAUUAAAAACAAACAAAAAAGAAAAGCUGAUAGGUCUCGGCUGGUGGUGAACGUGGGGCCCAGCUGUAUCUAUGUAAAUAUGAGAGACGUAAAACUAUAAGAUGACAUGUAUUGUUUAAAAGAAGAAAAAGAAAAAUAGGUGAGCAUGAGCAGGCACAGUCUGCUCCUUUCCCCUGGUCAUACACUGCUUGUAAGGAGUUUUCUGAAAUGCAUUUUUAUCAUUUUCACUGUUUACAAUUCAAAAUGCAUCUCCUAUGAUAACAAGUGAAAAAACAGUAGAGUACAUUUGGUGUCAUUGCUUAUGAAAAAUAAACCAACCGACGGAUGACGUAA